CAACUGGGGACAUUUCUUAUCAAGUAUUCUUGACAAAGCCGUCAACGAGGCGAUGGAGAAAGAUGUUGCAUUUCGUGAGGGGCUGCCGAUCAACUUCUUAAGUUACAUGGGAUUUGGAAAGGUGAGUGAUAGAAACUGUCUUGGAAAUGUGCUACUGACGAUUUUAUUCCUCCAGGGCAAAGUGCUGAAAAAUAUCUUUGGAAAAAAAAAACAAGCAGGUAGUUGAAUACCUCACAAUCUGCAGCCCUCUGGUGUUAUUGGCACUACCUAUGGCUAUGUUGUCACAGACUGUGGGUGUUAAUAUGUUGAUAAUAAAUGUCGAUUUUCCAGAAAGAAUUCAAUUGUGACACAAAUGGUAACGAAAAUGAGCAGGCUGAUGAAACUCCUAAGGCAAUUGUUCCAAAAAUAUCCAAUGUUGAUUUGGACAAGCAGACGUUGUUUCAAGAAAAACUGCAGAAAAUGGUGUCGUCUCUUGGCCAAUAUUUAGACCCUCAUUGGGGUGCUGAUGUUUUCUUUGGAAAGACUUUCAUGGCUGAACGUUUGCCUCCAACUCAAGGUGAGGCUAAAUCAGUGAACUCAAUUUAUUUUACGUUAGAAGUGGAUAAAAGACACGGAGUUCACUGAGCUGAAUUUAAUUUAAGCUGGAGUUACACGAGCGCAACUUGCAACAAAAUCUCAGGUUUUUUUUCAGUAUUUUCUCUUGGGUCCGUUUUUGCAGAGAAGAUUGCGUUUAGCUGAACAGCUGGGGUGGCUGCACCCCCCUACCCCUACCGGGUGGCUGACACCUGUACUCAAUAAAUGUAGUUGAGACGGAAUGUGUUAAAGCAGGGGCACUAAGGGACACUAUAAACUGGUUAAAGAUUGCGAAUGCAUAGUUUUUCUUGUGUUGUGAGAUGAAUUCCAGCCAUUUUGUCUUAAUUGUUGAGCUUCCAACUGAAAACUAAUUUCCACACGUACGAAAUUUAACUCGAACAACUUCAUUUUUACUGCACUGAAACUUUGGUGAGAAGAUUGAGUUUCAAAACUCAAUUUAAGAUUGAGUUUUUGGGGCCGUUUAACGGCCCCAAAACGUUUAACGGCCCUAAAAAAUCCCUGAGAAAAACCCUGAAUCUGAUUUCAACGCAUGUUAAGUAGAAAUGUCGUCACAUGUUGUUGCCUUGUGCUUUGUAAUUUAUCAGUGUAAAUAUUUUCAAUUAACAUGCGUUGAAAUCAGAUUUUGUUGCAAGUUGCAGCAAUUUUGUUGCUCGUGUGACUCCAGCUUUAGGGAAUAAUACUACCGCAUUGGAUCCCCACGUUAAUGAUUAUGUAAUUUAUCUUUUUUUCAUUAUUUCAGAUGAUGAACAUAAAGAGACAGAGCAGCCACCAACAGAUGAAAGUGUGGUUCAACUAAAACAUACACAGCAUAUCAGAAUCGCGUUGUAUGACCCAGGCGAGGGUGACGAAGAUGAGGAUGAGAGUGAUGAAAGUAUGGAUGAUGAUGACGAGGAAGAAAAGGUAAUGUUAAUAUAUUUAUUUAAAGUGCGACUAACUCGAAAUAUGAUUUUUGGUAUGCGUAAUAUUUGGGUCAUCCGAAAGUAAUAAGCAUGAUCAAACUGAUUAUCAAUUUCCCGUUUGUAAUGGGCCGUAAUGCAAAAUGACUGAAAAACGGAAAACUUCGCAAGGCUAUAUUAUCCUCAUUUUACAACAUUUUGCAACGAAACUUCGGAAUAUUACUAAUUUUGGUAUGCUCUUUCAAGCUGUGAUGAAAUUUUUGUCCAGACUUGUCUAGAUCAAAAUUUCACUUAAAAGGGGAAAGGUCUAUUCUAACAGUAAUAACAGUAAUAAUAACAGUAAUAACAGUAAUUUUAAUCAAAAGAAAAAAAUAUACAAAAAUAUAACAGUUGUCUGCAGGUAGCGAAAGCUAUUCGAGGCAGACAACUGGAAGACUAUACUACGAGUUAUAGAGAUGACAUAUAAGUUUCAAAAUAUAAAAAUGACAUAUAAGUUUAACACAUAAAAUGACAUAUAAGUUUCAAAAUAUAUGCAAUAAUAAUAUUUUAUCUUAGAAGAAUUUAGCUGAAUUUAUCUAAUUGUUAUAUUUUUCAAUCUGUUUGUUAACAUUGCGAUAUCAACAUAAUCCUCCUCAUUUGUAAAUAUAUAGAAACUAAUACUUUAUGUAAUGUUUUCUUAAAUUUAUUCAUCGGAAAAUUACGUAAGUCACAUGGAAUGCUAUUCCAUAUUUUUGGGCCAGUUCUGGAAAAAGAAUUAUUCAGUUUAUUUAAACAUGAAUGUUUCACAUAGAAGUUGACGUUUGAAGAAAAUCUGGUAUUAUAGUCCUGUAUGUCAUGAGUAUAAGUAAGGAGAUUUGAUAUAUGUAGUGGUGCCAAGUUAUUAUGUACAUCAUGCAUCAGAAUAGAGACAGAUUUAAAGUAUAACAUCUCAACAGGUAGAAUAUUGGAAGAAGAAAAGAAAGGAAUUGCAUGGGAUGUAUAAUCCCCAAAGUAGGUUAACCGAAGCACACGUUCUUGAAGCUUUAAAAUGUUAUCAAGAUGAGCUUUGGCAGCCUGACCCCAUACUGCUAUGCCAUAUGAAAUAUGAGGAAGAAUAAGAGAUUUAUAAGUAUUUCUAGGUACAAAAUGCCUUAAUUUGGAGAUAAUGCCCACUGUCUUACUUAUUUUUGAAGCAACGUGACUAAUAUGGUAUUUCCAUGUAAGAUUGCUGUCAAUAAGGAGCCCAAGUAUUUGACAUAAUGUUUACGUUCCAAAGAAAUGAAAGAGUUUGAAUUGUCAAAUAUCUUCAAAUCUACCUCAUAAUUUAUCUUCUUUUGAUAAGGAUGAAAGAUCACGAAAUGCGUCUUUUUUAUAUUUAAAGAUAGUUUAUUUGCAGUUAACCAGUUACACACUUUAAGUAUUUUUAGAUCUUUAUCAGCGUACAUCAAAUUCGUAUUCUGAACACUGAUUGGCUAAGAGCCGUGUUGAUAUAACUCAAUGUCAACACGGAAACGUCGGAAAAUUUCUUUCUUUAUAUUUCUUUGUGCUAUAUUAUAAAACAAAUAUAAAACAGUUUUUCCGUAUUGAUAUAUAGUUAGGCCAAAAAAAAAAUAUGUGGGUUUCCGGUUUCCCGACCCUACCUAGCUUUUGGACGUCGAAAUCCCGACCCUAAACUUUUUUAUUGGAUCGUGCUUGUAAGGCCAAAUAAAAAAAAAACUUGGUUAGCGUCACCGCCCGCCUCUCGAUUUCUGCCGCCUCUGAAUUUUUUAAAUGUUUUUUAUGCAAAUCUCUUCGUUUUACUGCUUAAAACAGUUUAAUAUUUGAAAUUUUUCUCAUGCUCAGACCUUUGCGCUAUAUACUGAUCGAUUAGGAGCGCGUGGGCUUGAGCGAAAUGGCUGUCCUCGCAACAUCAGUACAAAAAAUAUCACCGAUAAGGCGAUAUACCAGGAAAAACCGCCCCCAUCCCCUCAAAAAAUACUAUUAAAAAAUCUAAAAAACGAGUAAAAAUUAAAAAAAAAAACACGCCCUCCCGCCUCCGAAAAUUUGUGAGAGAGUGACGCUAACCAAUUUUUGUUUUUAUUUGGCCCAAUGACCUCAUACACGGAAACUUUGACAGUGAAAAAGUUGAUCAAGAUGAGGUUUUUUACUAUAAAGAUACAUUACAUUUCUUCUUAGAAUGACCCAAAUAUUACACAUACCAAAAAUCAUAUUUGGGGUUAGUCACACUUUAAACAAUGGCACCGCUACUCACAUACUCGGGGUUCGUAGCGGUCUUUGAAUUCCUUGAAUUGGCUUGAAAGUCUUUAAAUUUGAAUGCAGGUCUUUAAGAUCUUUGAAAAGUCUUUGAAUUGUGUGAAAAAGCGAAGAAAGUCUUUAAGAGUCCUUAAAUUCUUUAGUGAUUAUUUGAUUUUACGAUUUCCUAGCUAAUAAAAUAGAUUGAUUGAAGCACGAUUUUCGCAAAUGUCGGCGAAAAAGUGCAUUUUAGGAUGUGAUUUGACGGGACUAAUUACCUGGUAAAAAUGGUGCUUAUACAUCGCAAUUUUUCGACACCUGAUUGCUCUCAAAGGUCUUUGAAAAGUCUUUGACAAUAGGCAGAAAAAAUCUUUGAAAGUCUUUGAAUUUUUUUGGUCUUGGAGACUACAAACCCUGCAUACUCUAUUCAACAGAAUGCUGUGCUCGCGAUCUGAAACACUUGGUUGUUACCGCAUGCUUCUCUCCUCCAAACAAUGGACAACAAGCUUUGGUCCCCAAAGCCAUUUUUUCAUUAUUGAUCGGAUUUCCACCCACAGGGUGCGAUAAUUCGCGUAUUACUGUCUGGUACUUCUUUGUUUUCAGCCACGUACCACGCAGGUACGCGGAACUCUUGCUAGAUAGCAAGAGUUCCGCGUACCUGCGUGGUACGUGGUACCACAUGACCUUUCCAAGUCCAAGGUAUUCAAUACCGUAAUUUAGUUGGUAUAUCAUGUGUCUGAGAUGUCUUGGCAUGCAACAUGAUUGCAUUGAUGGCACUAAGAAACGUUGGAGUCGGUUGUUUGAAAUAGCAAAACUCCGUUUUUAAAUAGCAAAACUCCCUUUUCAAAUAACAAAACUCCCGUUUCAAAUAGCAAAACUCCCGUUUCAUAUAGCAAAACACCCUUUUCAAAUAGCAAAUCACCCUUUUCAAGUAGCAAAACUCCCUUUUCAAAUGGCAAAACUCUCUUUUCAAAUAGCAAAACUCCCUUUUCAAAUGGCAAAACUCCCUUUUCAAAUAGCAAAACUCCCGUUUCAAAUAGCAAAACUCCCUUUUCAAAUAGCAAAACUCCGGUUUCAAAUAGCAUAACUUUCUUUUCAAAUAGCAAAACUCCCUUUUCAAAUAGCAAAACUUCCUUUUCAAAUAGCAGAACUCCCUUUUCAAAUAGCAGAACUCCCUUUUCAAAUAGCAAAACUCCCUUUUCAAAUAGCAAAACUCCCGUUUCAAAUAGCAAAACUCCCUUUUCAAAUCUUCAAAACUCCCUUUUCAAAUAGCAAAACACCCUUUUCAAAUAGCAAAACUCCCUUUUCGGAUAGCAAAACUCCCGUUUCAAAUAGCAAAACUCCCUUUUCAAAAGCAAAACUCCCUUUUCAAAUAGCAAAACUCCGUUUGCUAUCUCGUAGUCUGAACAUACUUUUCAGAAACCUGUACUUUAUGAGUUUGUUCUAGCGCAAGUACGCCUCAACAACCAUUGGCGUGCCAGUCAGGUACGACUAGAAAUCUUGAAUGAUCGCACCCUGCCACUCAUAGUCUUAAAAUAAUUGAGGAGAAAGAGCUACCUUUACACUAACAUCGGUAAAUGAUUAGACGUUCGCGUCUUCUCGGAUAAGGACGUUAAAAUCGUAGGAUCCCCUAUCAACUGCGCAAUAACCUGUUUGGAAAUCCGCUCACCAAUGAGUGAAAAACUCAAUAUAAUAUAAUAAAUCUUAAGAUUCCCAUGGAGUUAAUGCGUGCACUGUACUCUGUUUCAGGAUGAAGAUUCCGAGAAAAAGAACAAGAAAUCUCAGAAAGACAGCAAGAGUAAAGGAGAGAAGAAAUCUCAGAAAUCCAAAUCUGAUAUUAAAGAGAAGAAAGAGGAGGAUGAAGAUGAAGAAAUGGCCAGUGAUGGAGAAGAACUAGAUGACACUUUUCAAAGUAAACCUUGUAUUUUUUUAUAUCAUUCAUUGAACAACAGCAUUAAUUCAGAUGAUGAAGAAGACCUUGGUGAAGAAGAUGAAGAUCAUGAAAAGGUCAGUAUUUGAAUUUAUUAAAUUUACCACCAAUUUGUUUACACAAAUCAUACAACAAAUUAUACAAACAUUUCAACUGAUUGGUAGCGAGGAACAGGGUCUUAGCUAGGAUUUUAGAUCUUUCUAAAUGACCAGGGUGUGCACAUGUCAAUUACCUCAAAUAGCCAAAAAUUCACGGUUCUGGUUAUGCUCGCCAACAACAGACAAUGCCUGUGGUGGUUCUAUGCUUUGCAACCAAUUACCAGGCGAGCAUACGCUCAUAUUACGCACUGACAUUAAAAUAUUAAGUUUUUUCAGCAACUCUUGGGGGUUUUUAAAACCAUUUUAACACCAUACAGUUCCCAUUAUCCACCAAAACAUCACAUGCAGAUCACUUCCGCCAAUUUCAACAAUAACCGUAGAUUUUACAAACUUUCUUACAACGUACAGUGAAUAGGAAGAAAUUCUGUCUGUUAUUUUAUGCGCCUACACGACCUUAUAUAAAUAAUGAAACCGCGUUCAUUUUAUCUAGCCGUGUUUUUCCCUUUUUGGCCGCGAUAACACGGCCAACACGGCCCUCUAGCUACGACCCUGGCGAGGAAGUCUAAAAUGGAAAGUAGAAAGCUUAUUUUGAAUUGCAAAUAACAUCUUGCAUGUGACCAACCACUUUGUCACACCAUUGUCUUGUUUAGGAGAGUAAUAAAUUGAAGUUCCCAGUACAUUACCGUGAUGCUUUGCUCAUUCUUCACCGCACUCCCACCCCAGUUGCUGUCUGCGAUCUACCGCUGACAUCUGAGGAACGCGUGGAACUUGCUGUUACAUUGUGGUGUGAGGGACUUCUUACUGAAUUUGAAAAAUCUUAGAACUAUUGUACGAUCAAAUAAGUUGAGUUGAACUUUCUAGACAUGCAAUCAUUGUCUGGUCGUCGAGUGUCUUUCCAAAUGUAUAUUUUUUCGUUUUACAUCGCAGCGCAAAUGAAAUAUGCGGCUAAUUAAAUCUAUUUUCACUUUCAUUUCCCUUUGUUAGACAUGAUUAAACAAUAGAGGAUUAAACACUAGUCCUAUUGCCGAUCCAGUUGUAACUCUACACAAUUGUUACAAAAAUGUGUAUAGACCAGUUUGAAAUAAUUGCCGUUAAAUUUAGAUUUAUACACAGAAAAUAAUAUUUAUUUAUAAUAUGCAAAGUAUUGUACAAACAUUAACAAAUUUGUGUUAAUUGAAUAAAUUUAACUUCCAGUACUGUAUGUCUCUUUUAGAUUAUUGUAAUGUUGUGUUUUUGUAAACCAAUUUUUACAAUACAGUAAAUGGAUAUUCUGUUUAAAUAGGUCAUUUUUGCAUUACAUGAUAAGUUUCAAGAGCAGAAAUGUAUUACAAAAAGAGCGUGAAGCAUUUCAUUUCUUUACAUGCACAGUAGUAUGCCUAAGUCGAAACUAUAUUCUUGUUGAAAGUAUACUGCACUCUGCUCCAAUAAUCAUGGUCUCCAUUUAACAUCUCGAACUCCUUGAAACUGUCGCUUUAAAGAUUGUGUAUCAGCCCAGGAUGAAUUCAUAUACGAUACAUCAUCAUCUGUUUCGAGUUUCUAUAAUGAAAUGGGCAAUAACAAUUUUUAAUUAUGUAUGGAUCAUAGUUUGACUUACUUGGUUUUAGAAUUGUACAGAAAUCAGCCUGCUCUCUCUAGAGGUAUUCUUAAUCCCAUAAUGCAAGACAUGUUUGAAAUGUACUACAGACCUUCAUCUCUUCUUGUUUCUUAUAAGCAUAGGACAUCAUAUGUUUUUUGUCUUCUUCAGUAAACACUGGUUCCCUGCUUGGCACACCUUGACCUUUCUG